CCCACGGUUCCAGCCCAGCCUCACUGCUCCUUCCCAGCCGCCUCCGCUGCGUGCCGCCUUCCGCGCGCUGACGUCACACGCCAGCGCCGGUGACGCGCCGGCCGCUCCCCCUUAGUCCGCAUUCGCUCCAGGCUUUUGGGACCCUAGGUUGCGGAGUCGUUACCCUACCCUGGCCUCUCGAGCAGUUGUCCCCAUAACUCGGAAUCUAGAGCCGCUGUUGCGAUGCAGGAGCACGUGGCAGUCAAGUAGCUUCCCAGCCCCGAACGCCGCCUGUCCCCACCCCGCCGUGGCCACUAGCAACGACCUCUGUGAAGUUGGAGAGGCGGUAACGGAGGCACUCCCCCUGCUGCACCCCGCCGUUUCUGCGGGGCUCAGAAACCAGUUUGUUUGUUUCGUCGGGGUAGUGUCGACCUGUCUUACGGGCGUCGCCCGAGGCAGGACGGAGUCAAAUCCGUGGUGUCAACUGAAGACGAGUGUCAGGUGUGGAGAGUCUCAGUGCCCCCUUUCAGUCUGGACUGUGAGCUGCUGCUGGUUAGACAGACUUGGUUUCUCUUUCAGGAUGUCAUUUUCAAAAUGCGGGAUGGUACCUCUGCUUUAUUAAGCCCCGUAGGAAGACUGCCACACCUAGACUGAUGCUUAUUAGUCAUCACCGUUAUUCCUACUAACGUCCUGUGUCACUGAGUUUUUUAAAUGUCUAGCAUAUCUGUUAAGAUGCCUUAGAAAAAGAAUCAUGGAGAAGUAUGUUAGACUACAGAAGAUUGGAGAAGGUUCAUUUGGAAAAGCCAUUCUUGUUAAAUCUACAGAAGAUGGCAGACAGUAUGUUAUCAAGGAAAUUAACAUCUCAAGAAUGUCCAGUAAAGAAAGAGAAGAAUCAAGGAGAGAAGUUGCAGUAUUGGCAAACAUGAAGCAUCCAAAUAUUGUCCAGUAUAGAGAAUCAUUUGAAGAAAAUGGCUCUCUCUACAUAGUAAUGGAUUACUGUGAGGGAGGGGAUCUGUUUAAGCGAAUAAAUGCUCAGAAAGGCGUUUUGUUUCAAGAGGAUCAGAUUUUGGACUGGUUUGUACAGAUAUGUUUGGCCCUGAAACAUGUACAUGAUAGAAAAAUUCUUCAUCGAGACAUUAAAUCUCAGAACAUAUUUUUAACUAAAGAUGGAACAGUACAACUUGGAGAUUUUGGAAUUGCUAGAGUUCUUAAUAGUACGGUAGAGCUGGCUCGAACUUGCAUAGGGACCCCAUACUACUUGUCACCUGAAAUCUGUGAAAACAAACCUUACAAUAAUAAAAGUGACAUUUGGGCUCUGGGGUGUGUCCUUUAUGAGCUGUGUACACUUAAACAUGCUUUUGAAGCUGGCAGUAUGAAAAACCUGGUACUGAAGAUAAUAUCUGGAUCUUUUCCACCUGUGUCUUUGCAUUAUUCCUAUGAUCUCCGCAGUUUGGUGUCUCAGUUAUUUAAAAGAAAUCCUAGGGAUAGACCAUCAGUCAACUCCAUAUUGGAGAAAGGUUUUAUAGCCAAACGCAUUGAAAAGUUUCUCUCUCCUCAGCUUAUUGCAGAAGAAUUUUGUCUAAAAACAUUUUCAAAGUUUGGAUCACAGCCUAUACCAGCUAAAAGACCAGCUUCAGGACAAAACUCGAUUUCUGUUAUGCCUGCUCAGAAAAUUACAAAGCCUGCUGCUAAAUAUGGAAUACCUUUAGCAUAUAAGAAAUAUGGAGAUAAAAAAUUACAUGAAAAGAAACCACUGCAAAAACAUAAACAGGCCCAUCAAACUCCAGAGAAGAGAGUGAAUACUGGAGAAGAAAGGAGGAAAAUAUCUGAGGAAGCAGCAAGAAAGAGAAGGCUGGAAUUUAUUGAAAAAGAAAAGAAACAAAAGGAUCAGAUUAUUAGUUUAAUGAAGGCUGAACAAAUGAAAAGGCAAGAAAAGGAAAGGUUGGAAAGAAUAAAUAGGGCCAGGGAACAAGGAUGGAGAAAUGUGCUAAGUGCUGGUGGAAGUGGUGAAGUAAAGGCUCCUUUUCUUGGCAGUGGAGGGACUAUAGCUCCAUCAUCUUUUUCUUCUCGAGGACAGUAUGAACAUUACCAUGCCAUUUUUGACCAAAUGCAGCAACAAAGAGCAGAAGAUAAUGAAGCUAAAUGGAAAAGAGAAAUAUAUGGUCGAGGUCUUCCAGAAAGAGGAAUUCUGCCUGGAGUUCGUCCAGGAUUUCCUUAUGGGGCUGCAGGUCAUCACCAUUUUCCUGAUGCUGAUGAUAUUAGAAAAACUUUGAAAAGAUUGAAGGCGGUGUCUAAACAAGCCAAUGCAAACAGGCAAAAAGGGCAGCUAGCUGUAGAAAGAGCUAAACAAGUAGAAGAGUUCCUGCAGCGAAAACGGGAAGCUAUGCAGAAUAAAGCUCGAGCCGAAGGACAUAUGGGAAUCCUGCAAAACCUGGCAGCUAUGUAUGGAGGCAGGCCCAGCUCUUCAAGAGGAGGGAAGCCAAGAAACAAAGAGGAAGAGGUUUAUCUGGCAAGACUGAGGCAAAUAAGACUACAGAAUUUCAAUGAGCGCCAACAGAUUAAAGCCAAACUUCGUGGUGAAAAGAAAGAAGCUAAUCAUUCUGAAGGACAAGAAGGAAGUGAAGAGGCUGACAUGAGGCGCAAAAAAAUCGAAUCACUGAAGGCCCAUGCAAAUGCACGUGCUGCUGUACUAAAAGAACAACUAGAACGAAAGAGAAAGGAAGCUUAUGAGAGAGAAAAAAAAGUGUGGGAAGAGCAUUUGGUGGCUAAAGGAGUUAAGAGUUCUGAUGUUUCUCCACCUUUGGGACAGCAUGAAACAGGUGGCUCUCCAUCAAAGCAACAGAUGAGAUCUGUUAUUUCUGUAACUUCAGCUUUGAAAGAAGUUGGCGUGGACAGUAGUUUAACUGAUACCCGGGAAACUUCAGAAGAGAUGCAAAAGACCAACAAUGCUAUUUCAAGUAAGCGAGAAAUACUUCGUAGAUUAAAUGAAAAUCUUAAAGCUCAAGAAGAUGAAAAAGGAAAGCAGAAUCUCUCUGAUACUUGUGAGAUAAAUGUUCAUGAAGAUGACAAAGAGCAUGAAAAAGAAAAAUCAGUUUCAUCUGAUCGCAAGAAGUGGGAGGCAGGAGGUCAACUUGUGAUUCCUCUGGAUGAGUUAACACUAGAUACAUCCUUCUCUACAACUGAAAGACAUACAGUGGGAGAAGUUAUUAAAUUAGGUCCUAAUGGAUCUCCAAGAAGAGCCUGGGGGAAAAGUCCGACAGAUUCUGUUCUAAAGAUACUUGGAGAAGCUGAACUACAACUUCAGACAGAACUAUUAGAAAAUACAACUAUUAGAAGUGAGAUUUCUCCCGAAGGGGAAAAGUACAAACCCUUAAUUACUGGAGAAAAAAAAGUACAAUGUAUUUCACAUGAAAUAAACCCAUCAGCUAUUGUUGAUUCUCCUGUUGAGACAAAAAGUCCCGAGUUCAGUGAGGCAUCUCCACAGAUGUCAUUGAAACUGGAAGGAAAUUUAGAAGAACCUGAUGAUUUGGAAACAGAAAUUCUACAAGAGCCAAGUGGAACAAACAAAGAUGAGAGCUUGCCAUGCACUAUUACUGAUGUGUGGAUUAGUGAGGAAAAAGAAACAAAGGAAACUCAGUCGGCAGAUAGGAUCACCAUUCCGGAAAAUGAAGUUUCUGAAGAUGGAGUCUCAAGUACUGUGGACCAACUUAGUGACAUUCAUAUAGAGCCUGGAACCAAUGAUUCUCAGCACUCUAAAUGUGAUGUAGAUAAGUCUGUGCAACCAGAACCAUUUUUCCAUAAGGUGGUUCAUUCUGAACACUUGAACUUAGUCCCUCAAGUUCAGUCAGUUCAGUGUUCACCAGAAGAAUCCUUUGCAUUUCGAUCUCACUCGCAUUUACCACCAAAAAAUAAAAACAAGAAUUCCUUGCUGAUUGGACUUUCAACUGGUCUGUUUGAUGCAAACAACCCAAAGAUGUUAAGGACAUGUUCACUUCCAGAUCUCUCAAAGCUGUUCAGAACCCUUAUGGAUGUUCCCACCGUAGGAGAUGUUCGUCAAGACAAUCUUGAAAUAGAUGAAAUUGAAGAUGAAAACAUUAAAGAAGGACCUUCUGAUUCUGAAGACAUUGUGUUUGAAGAAACUGACACAGAUUUACAAGAGCUGCAGGCCUCGAUGGAACAGUUACUUAGGGAACAACCUGGUGAAGAAUACAGUGAAGAGGAAGAGUCAGUCUUGAAGAACAGUGAUGUGGAGCCAACUGCAAAUGGGACAGAUGUGGCAGAUGAAGAUGACAAUCCCAGCAGUGAAAGUGCCCUGAACGAAGAAUGGCACUCAGAUAACAGUGAUGGUGAAAUUGCUAGUGAAUGUGAAUGUGAUAGUGUCUUUAACCAUUUAGAGGAACUGAGACUUCAUCUGGAGCAGGAGAUGGGCUUUGAAAAAUUCUUUGAGGUUUAUGAGAAAAUAAAGGCUAUUCAUGAAGAUGAAGAUGAAAAUAUUGAAAUUUGUUCAAAAAUAGUUCAAAAUAUUUUGGGAAAUGAACAUCAGCAUCUUUAUGCCAAGAUUCUUCAUUUAGUCAUGGCAGAUGGAGCCUACCAAGAAGAUAAUGAUGAAUAAUCCUCAAAAUGUUUUUUAAUCCUCAACUAUAUGAAAGCAUUUGAAUUUGGCUUAUCAGAAUAACAAGCUUCAGUGGGAAAUACAGCAAUUAUUUAUUUAAAAAAUCAGAUUUAAGAUGGACUUUCUUAUUGCAUGAAAAAGAUGGAGGAACAUGCCAUUUUUCAAUGAAGAUUCUAAUAUUUUAUCUAUUUUGUUCAUUGAAUUCCAUGGUUAAAUCUCAUAAAAUAUAUACUUUAUUAAAUCAUCCAACCAAAGCAUAAGAAACAUUGACCCAGAACCUGACUUAAUGGUUUUGAAGAUUUACUAUGCAAUAGGGUAACUUUGAGUUUCAGCAAAUGUCUUUAGGUUGAAGGAAUUACCUAUGUCAUGAAGGACCUGUCUGUGGUUUUUCAAUGGAGUCUUUAAGCAUGAUCUUUUUUCUGUCUAGUACUUGUUUUCAUUCUGGCCAGCAGUUUUACAUUAAAUCACCUUGUCAAGGGCUCUGUUUACAUCUAUACAUUUUGAAGAUGAAAUUUUUAGCCUUAAAGUUUAUAUUCUCUAGUCCUUUUACAAUCAGUGUGUCUCCUGAACUAGCACACAGGCUGUAGAAACAGUCUUAGAAAUCAUUGAAAGAUUUGAUUAUGAAAGAAUAGCAAAAUUAUAUUUCUUGAUAUAUAAAAAGUUGGUUUAAUGCCUUUAUUUCUCUUUAAGGACCAGAACCAGGUAUACUAUAUCGAAAAAUUAGUCUGUGGAUUUAACAUUGACUUAGCAUAUAGCUUAAAGUUGCUCUUUUGGUUUUUAACUUCCUCCAUACGUAAGCUUCAAGGACAAUAAGAUGUUAAAAAGGAGGAAAUAAUUAUUUUUAUUUUGACACUGUGACAGUUUUGGUAACUAGGAUCCUAGGGAGGGAAAUGUUUGCCUGUUGAACUUCUUUCUGUUAUGAGAGGAUUUAGUUAGAUCAUUAAGAUGAUGAUCACACAGCUUCAAUCACAAUAUGCCAAGUAUAACCUGGUUUCGUUAGAGGUGUCUACAGUCCAGAUGUUCUUCGUAAUAAAAACAAAGUUUUUGAACCUCUGAGUCCAAAGCAGGCUGGUUGGCAUAAUAUGUAAUUUGAAAAAUAAAAUCUUAUCUUGCAACACUAUCAGUAUGUUGAAUUUAUUAUGUAUAUUAUUUCUAAUAUCCGAAACUAAAUACUUAAUUUUUUAAUAUGUGUGUUUAUUUUAUGAUAUUGCUAUUAAAUUUUUAUUAUCUACCUGAA